GAAUAAUUGCCACCCAGGUGACUUCUGAGUUAAUCGUUUAGAAUAUUGAUCUACAUCUAUAAUAAUACUGGAAAUAUUUUUCUACAAUUUAUUUGUUUAGAUGGAGCGUGUACAAUUCAAGAAUAAAGCGGUGUUUUAUAGUCCACUUUGAACUCAUAGGACAUUUCGCAGGAGUCCCUGAAUCAAGCACAUUAUAGGGCGGGGCUUGUAUAUCUUGACUCGCGAGUCGCGACGCCAGUAACCAAACAUGUAGGUUAUGAAUUGCUGGAACUAGGAACCCGCUCACAAAACAAAACAAAGUAACCCAUCGACUCCUGUGGAGAAAGCACUGCAAUCGUGUUACUUUGAAGAAACCAUCUUGACAGGUGCAGCGUGGGGAGCAAAAGGUUGGUGACGUAACAUGAGUCCACUUGUCCGGGUUAUUGUGGUUGGAGCAGGAUGUCGUGGGGAGAUCUACUCCCGCUUUGCCAUCGUCCACCCUGACCGUGUGCAGGUUGUUGGAGUAGCAGAUCCUAGGAAGUUCGCCCGCACAAAGUUCCAACAGCUGCAUAACAUUGCGGAUGAGAACUUGUAUGAAGACUGGCACAUUUUAGCUGAAAGAGAGAAGUGUGCAGAUGCUGUUUUCAUUUGCACUCCAGACAGCCUUCAUAAGGAACCUGCAGUGGCCUUCGCAAAGAAGGGCUACCAUAUUCUCCUGGAGAAACCAAUGGCUACAACGGCCAAAGACUGCAUAGAGAUUGUGGGGGCAUGCUCUGAGAAUGGUGUGAUGCUUUGUGUGUGUCACGUUCUACGGUACGAUCCCACCAUCAGCAAGAUAAAGCUGAUAGACAGUGGCGUCAUUGGUGAUGUCAUCCACAUUCAGCACUUUGAGCCGAUUGGCUUUUAUCACUUUGCUCACUCCUACGUACGCGGAAACUGGAGGAAUGAAGCUGAGAGCUCUUUCUCUCUUCUGGCCAAAUCUUGCCACGACAUCGACCUCAUCCAUCUGUGGGCCGGGGAACGCAGGUGUUUGAAAGUGACGUCAUUUGGCUUCAUCAGCCACUUCACUAAAGAAAACAAGCCAGCAGGGGCUAGUGAUCGCUGCCUGGACUGUUCAGUAGAGGAAAGCUGUCCAUACUCGGCAAGCAAAAUCUACUUGGAGAGAGUGAAACAGGGCCAAACUGGCUGGCCUGUGUCCAUCAUAUGCCCCAACUCUUUGCCAGACAUCGAGACAGUAACUGAGGCUCUAAAAAUCGGACCGUACGGCCGCUGUGUCUACGAGUGCGACAACAACGUCUGCAGUAAUCAGGUUGUUAACAUGGAAUUUGAAGGUGGCCUGACCGCAGCCUUUUCCAUGGUUGCUUUCACUGAGGAUAUUUGCAAACGAAAAACAACCAUCUAUGGAAGUAAGGGUGAGUUGUCAUAUACAGAUGACAAGAUUUAUGUGUACAACUUCCUGACCCAGAAAACCACCAAACAUGUAGCCAACACGGAAGGGCCCGCUCUAUAUGGUCUGCAUGGACACGCUCAAGCAGAUUACCAUUUGAUGGAUGCCUUCAUUUCUGCUGUGACUAACAAUGACCCAUCAUUCAUCGCUUCUGGUCCUGAGGAGACACUGAAGAGCCACUUGCUGGUGUUUGAGGCAGAACGAUCACGACGGGAAAGCAGUGUUGUUCACUUCGACCACUCUUGAUGAUCUCAUAAAAUAUUUGCAUUAGUAAUGAUUUAACUUAUUCACUGCCAGUGAUCAUGUUUCAUUGCCAAUGAUUGAUAGAAGCCCAAUCCAUUUGCACUAACCUAAGAAUUCAGAGAUUAAUCGAAACAUGACAAAAUGAGUCAACAGAUGAAUAUCAAAAUCGUUGUUUAAUAUGAAAAUUAUUUGACAGAUUAAUCUAUCAUUAACUCAGUAAUUGCAACUGAUCAUGUUUCAGCACCAAUGACCAGUCCAUUUGUAAUGGCAAUAUUAACAUUUAAUUACAAAAGUAGUUUACUGUAAUCGCAAAAUUGGCCACCAGAUUAAUCUAUCAAAUUUAUUGAUUAAUCAUAAAAUAGUUUACCGUUUAAUCUAACUCAUUUACUGCCAAUACCUACCAGGUCCAAUGGCUUGGACGUCAAUCGCAGUCAUUGGUAGUUUAUGAAUAUAGAAAUACUAAGGAAUCAAAGGUUUUGGUGGCAUACAUGUUUAAUAUUUUGUUCAUUAUUCAAUUCUAUCCUUAAUUUGAAUGUCACCUGGCUUUGAGAUGAAGUCUCAUAUUGACCGAAUUAAGGCAAUACUUGAAAUAAGACUUUUAAGAUUGUAUAUGUGCACACUCUUUCCGAAUGUUUUUUUUUUUUUAGCACUAAACGCCCGGUGGCAAGCACUGUGAAGCAUGUCAGGUAGUCCAAAGGUCUGGAUCACCAAGUAAUUGCUGCUUUGAGCUAUUUAAAGGAACCCAAACAGGGGUUGAGAUCGCCCUUCAAUCCUCCCCUUGUGGUUGCCAGGGUUCAAUUAUAGGUCUCCUUUUGUUUUGACCUUUAAGUCCAUUUUCUCAACAGCUGUGCAUUAACUUCCCCAUUGCUGUGUGAAAACAAUAAGAUGCCCACUCGUUGACUCAGUUCUGGUGGGCACUGUGCUUCUUAAAACCAACCAUGUUCUGAGAGGCCCUCAUGUUUGGAUUUUUUUUCUCCUCUCGGGUUACCUCUAAUGACUUCUUCAUAUUCAUGUUACAUACAUAUAGUUUCAUUUAGAAGUUGAGUGUCUUUUUCUCAGUCCACAAUUGUGAGUUUGUGAGCAGGCCGCCGCUGGUCACUUCAUUCAGGAGGCGUUCAUCUGUGGCCCGAUACAAAACACGGCAUAGGAUCCAUACUAAAAAUGAACGUGUGCGUAAACGCUGCAGUACACCACAUGGAAACAUCUGCACAUAAGGACUGGCCUCAAUUUCUGCCAUUAUCCAAGCAUGAAUGGCCAGUGCAGGGCAGCAUGUUAAUGUUGGUGCAAGUACUAUGCACAAAACGGACCCCUGGUCCUCGUGUCUUUCUGUCUGAAUCUGAGUACAAAACGGGACACCGCGUUUUUAUUGAUAUGUGCAAUCAAACUCGGAUCAAAAAUCAAUUUGCAUUUGUACCACCGGACAUCUCCAUAUACUCACCAGCUUAUGAGCUGCUGUAGGAAGCCAUCUUUUCAUUUGCUCCCUUGCUUCCUGAACGACUGCCUUUCGGACGGUUUUUGUCCUCACUGUAUAGAACAUAAUAUGAUUACAAAGUACACAUUUAUCCCCUCAUUUAAAAUAUUCAAUAAGCACAUAUUUGAAACAUUGUUUGGAUGAACGUAUCAAGCCAGCUAAUCGCGUGAAAAAUUUUAUGGGCUCUCCCCGUGGGUUUUGUGGUUAUUGUCAUGCUCGCUCUCAUCCAUUAUGCAUUCAGCAAGUCAUAAAAUUAAUUCUUGAGGUGUACAAUUAUUGGUUUCUAAGUAACGCCCCCCCCCCUAAAAAAAAUUCACAGGGCAAUAGUUUUUGUCACAGGUGGCACAUAUUUUGAACUUGUAAAAUCACAGAAUUUACAAAUCUUUGAAAUUGUCUUUCAAAAACGAAUGAAUAAAGCUUAUA